AUGACCGCCACCCCCGCUAUACUGCCUCAAUGGCGUGAUCUUCCCGUGUACUGGGACUGGAACUUUCGGCUGCUCAUUUGCGAGUCCUGUGGAUUUGCCCUAGGUCCUAACCAAGCGAGCAGUCACUUCUGGGAGAAACACCAGGUUUCUGUCGAGCAACGGCACGGUCUAACUGAGUACCUGCGUCAGCAUGACUUUCAAGAGCCUGCCAGCGUCGCUCCCCGACCACGAGGGGCCUCAGAACACCCGGCACUGCGGACCUACAAUGGCCUGGCUUGCCGCCUAUGCGAGACGUACUACACUAUAAACCUAGACAAUCUCUUAAAGCAUCUUCGACAUCAGCAUCCCGACCGGCCUCGGUCCUCGCGUCGGGCGGUGGAUCAACUUUAUGACGACGUGUACCUGCAGACGUGGAACCGUCAACCAUAUUGGAUUAUCAGUCGCGGCGGUCGUACGCUGCGGUUGGCCCAGGAACGCUCCACCUACGAUCAUCUGCAGGCUUUACAGGAGCGGGAACGGACCCGGCACGCUGCAAUCCAGGCCGCCACCGUAUAA